AUGGAGCAACGCCGUCUCCCUGAGCACAAGGCCCCCGAGUAUGGGAAGCAACAAAGUGCUCUCGAAUCUUUCCUGACGGAUUUCAAAACUUCCCCAGAGCACACCCUGGCAACAGCGCUCGGGGAUAUUACGAUUGAUGAGGAUGAUCUUAGCGACGACAAUGACCUGAUGGAUGAUGCCGACGAUGAUCAGGAAGCUCAUGAUCGUCGGCGCGAAGAGAGACGGCAAAAACGAACACCUCAAUACAUCUAUAAAGACACGCUACAAAAGCUGGCCAAUAGAACCAUUGAGGAGGUGACGAUCGAUCUCGAUGAUCUGGCAGCGUGGGAGGAACAACAUGACGAAUAUGAAAAGCUCAAUCUCGUGAGCAAUAUUGAAGAGAAUACCAAACAUUAUGUUGAGAUCAUGUCAAGGGCGAUCGAUAAGCUAUUACCCCCGCCCGAUGCGGAUGUUACAUUCAAGGAUGAUGUGCUCGAUAUUUUGAAUGCGCGCCGCCAGGAAAUGAAUCGUAUGUGGGAGGAGGCCCAGGAGCGCGACCCUUCCAUCGAGCAGAGCAAGUUCCCUGCUGAACUCACCCGCCGAUACACACUCCUAUUUAAACCUAGAUCUGGCACCACUGAUAAUCCUGCCAAGGCACUGGCAGUGCGCCAUGUUCGAGGAGAUCAUCUUGGACACCUCAUUACCGUGCGGGCUAUUGCAACAAGGGUAUCUGAUGUGAAGCCUAUCGUGCAGGUUAAUGCUUAUUCUUGCGAUCGUUGCGGCAGCGAAAUUUUCCAGCCUGUCAGCGACAAGCAAUUCGGGCCCCUGAUCUCUUGUCCAUCUCCAGAUUGCAAGACAAACCAGGCCAAAGGUCAAUUGACACCAUCCACCCGAGGAUCUAAGUUCCUACCUUUCCAGGAAAUCAAGGUGCAGGAAAUGGCAGAGCAGGUUCCUAUCGGCCAGAUCCCCAGAACUCUCACCGUUCUUUGCUAUGGUAGCGUCGUUCGCCAAAUCAACCCAGGUGAUGUGGUCGAUAUCUCUGGAAUCUUUCUCCCCACGCCGUACACUGGAUUCAAGGCUAUGAAGGCUGGCUUGUUGACAGAUACCUAUCUUGAGGCGCACCACAUCGUCCAGCACAAGAAGGCUUACAGCGAGAUGAUUAUCGAUCCCGCCUUGGUUCGAAGAAUCGACAAGUACCGACAGACUGGACAGGUCUAUGAAAUGUUGGCCAAAUCCAUUGCGCCAGAAAUCUUUGGUCACCUCGACGUGAAGAAGGCUCUCUUGCUGCUUCUUAUUGGCGGUGUGAACAAGGUGGUUGGUGACGGCAUGAAGAUUCGUGGUGAUGUCAAUAUUUGCCUAAUGGGUGAUCCUGGUGUUGCCAAAUCCCAGCUUCUCAAGUAUAUUUCCAAGGUCGCCCCACGAGGUGUGUAUACCUCUGGUCGUGGCAGCAGUGGUGUCGGUUUAACUGCCGCGGUUAUGCGAGACCCUGUCACAGAUGAGAUGGUCCUCGAAGGUGGCGCCCUCGUUCUUGCAGACAACGGUAUCUGCUGUAUCGAUGAAUUCGACAAGAUGGACGAUAAUGACCGUACCGCCAUCCACGAAGUCAUGGAACAGCAAACAAUUUCCAUCUCAAAGGCGGGUAUCUCGACCACUCUCAAUGCUCGCACGUCGAUUUUGGCUGCAGCCAAUCCUAUUUAUGGACGAUACAACCCGCGCAUUUCCCCAGUCGAAAACAUCAACCUCCCUGCCGCUUUGCUCUCCCGAUUUGACAUCUUAUUUCUCUUGCUUGAUACCCCAACCCGCGAAAGCGACGAGCAGCUUGCGAAGCACGUGGCCUUUGUUCACAUGAACAGCCGUCACCCCGACGCUGUCGUGUUCACGCCUCAUGAAGUUCGAUCUUAUGUCGCUCAGGCGCGCACAUACAGGCCCGUUGUGCCCGAGUCUGUCUCCGAGUACAUGAUCAAGACGUACGUCCGGAUGCGAGACCAGCAGCAGCGAGCAGAAAAGAAGGGUAAGCAGUUCACUCACACUACGCCUCGUACUCUUCUCGGUGUCGUCCGUCUGUCACAGGCUCUCGCUCGUCUCCGUUUUAGCAACGAGGUCACGCAGGACGAUGUUGACGAGGCUCUGCGCCUGGUCGAGGCCAGCAAGGAGAGUCUGAACCAGGACCUCGGAACCGGUCGACGUGGUCUGAAUGCCAGCAGCAAGAUCUACAACCUCGUCAAGGCGCUGGCUGACUCUGGCGCAUGCCGUCCAGAGGGUGCAGAAGACGAGGACGAGUUUGGCAUUGAAUUAAGCAUGCGAAAGGUUAAGGAGAGAGUGAUUGCCAAGGGCUUCACCGAGGAUCAGUGGCUCCACGCACUCGAGGAAUAUACCACUCUUGAUGUAUGGCAAACAGCCGGCAAUGGAACAAGGCUGGUAUUUGUUACUGUUGAUAAUGAGGGUGAGGACAUGGAUAUCUGA